AAUCAACUCUGGGCUUUUUAUUUUUUCUUAAAUAAACCACAAACCACUGAAAAUUUAGUUUUUGUUAUAAAAUUUUGGAAACAAGUGAUUUUUCCUUCACUGAUGUGCGCUAAUGAGGCUGCUCUGAUGGGCACUGAUAGGCUGCACUGAUGGACACUGAUAGGUGGCACUGAUGGGCACUGAUGAGGAGGCACUGGUGGCAUUGAUUGGCAGCACUGAUGGGUGGCACUGAUUGGCAUUGAUAGG